GCGCAUCAACCGAGCAGCAAAACAAUUACCACACACAACCACACAGCACUCGCUUUCUCCCCGGCGCGGCGACCAGCUGAUCAUCCGAUCGCGAGCGGGUGGGCUGACGGAGGCGCCCGGGGCGGCUGUUGCAGUGGCGGUGACCGCCAGCUGCAGCGUCAGGAUGCCCGAGCAGAGCAACGACUACCGCGUGGUCGUGUUCGGCGCCGGCGGCGUGGGCAAGAGCUCGCUGGUGCUGCGUUUCGUCAAAGGCACCUUCCGCGAGUCCUACAUCCCCACCAUCGAGGAUACCUACCGCCAGGUUAUCAGCUGCAACAAAAAUAUCUGCACUCUUCAAAUAACUGACACAACUGGAUCUCAUCAAUUUCCUGCCAUGCAGAGAUUAUCAAUCUCAAAGGGUCAUGCUUUCAUCCUUGUUUAUUCAGUGACAUCAAAGCAAUCUUUAGAAGAACUAAAACCAAUAUGGGAAGUAAUUCGUGAAAUGAAGGGAGCUGAUUUAGCGACAAUUCCAGUCAUGUUGGUGGGAAACAAGUGUGAUGAAGUGGAAAAUCGUGAAGUGGCCGCAUCUGAGGGAGAGGCUGAAGCAAAUCGCUGGGGAUGCAACUUCAUGGAGACAUCUGCCAAAACUAAUCAUAAUGUAAAAGAGCUUUUCCAAGAAUUGCUGAAUAUGGAGAAAAACAGAAACAUCUCAUUGGAUUUAGGUGGCAAGAAAAGUGGACGACAGAAGAUCCCAGGACCAAAUAAGUUGAAAGAAAAAUGUAGUGUAAUGUGA